AUGGCGGGGUUGAAAGCAGCAAUCGUCGCGCUGGCCCUGAGCACUGCCAGCUGCUUUCAGCAGGCACCGCAGACCGGCGCCGCGCGUGGCCGCCCGCGCCUGAAAUCCUACUGGUGCCUUCACUCGGAGCAUUUCCGACGCGGGGAUGCGGUCGCGCGGCACCGCUUUGAACCUUGCGCCGUCCGCACCGUCGCGUCGCCGCGCAGGCCAAGGCGUCAUCGUCAACGGCUACGUCCCCAGCGGCAUGUCGCCCGAGGCCUACGCCGCCAUGAAGAAGCGCGAAGAAGACGCGCGCAAGAAGAAGCAGUUCGGAAAAGGAGGAGCUAGAGGUUUUGAAAGCAGAAGCAUGCAGUCGUUCGUCGCGGGCCUCGAAAAAGGAGAGACCAAACAUUUGUUCCCGGUCAACCCGGAGAAGGUGCGCAAGGGCGAGAUCGCCCUGAAGGACGUGCCCUACAUGCAGCGCGGCGGCUCCUGGACGAACUCCGACCUCACGCAAAAGAAAAAGGGCUGGAUGAACACGGGCUUCGGCAUGAACGCCUACAACGACGGCAAGGCCAAGGCCCAGAAGGCCAACAAAUAUGACGCGAAGUAUAAUGCGGUCAAGCCGUCCGUCGGGAUUUUCGGCGACGCCGGGGCGCUCGACUGGACGGGCCGAGGUGCCCGCGCGGGCGGAGGUGCGCAAGCCGGUACCAGGGAUGGCCUCGUGAAUCGGGCCAAAGCGAAUGGAUUGUCCAGAGAUCAGCAGAUGUGGCGCGACGCCGGGGCGUUAUCUCAGAAACAAAUAAACGCCCAGAAGCGCUGGGGCGGUGCGCCGAAGAUCGACGUCAACGGCGCCAAGAAGCCGGAGAAGAAGUUCUUCGGGCUCUUUUAA